AUGAAUCUACGACGACCUGAAUUUCCUAAAAUUGAGAUGCUUUGUAAAUGUUGCAUUAUUAUCUUUAUCAUUUCUUCCAAAGAAUUUGAAAAGAAAGCAGCAGGUGUCUCCAAGCAGACACUGCCAAGGAUAUUUUAUCUCGACCUGCGACAUUCACUUGGCCAGUUGACAGCAAAUUAUUGGUAUGGGUUUAAUUACAUAUGGAACAAAUGUCAACCGCUAAUGCCAGCCAAAUACGGUCAAUCUGACAACAUAAUAAUGCACUUUGUUUUGCACUGCAAUCAAUCAGAAUACGAGCAGAUGGAUAUCAGUAAAUUAUAUGGUUAUAUGAUUCAUUCCAAUUUAUGCCUUCUGCAGCUAACACAUGAUGCAUUUGAAUAA